UCUCUCCAUUCUCCAGAACAAUCGGAAGACAUCAUGAACGGCAACAGUGGAUCCUGGGUGGCACCAGCCUCUGACUUUGCCCACAAAUCAAUCAACCCAAUACGACGCCUGGUCGAUACUAUGAAACUGGUGCCCAACAAGGACAAAGAUAAGAUUGUACUGACCAUUGGUGACCCAACAGUCUAUGGCAACAUGUGUCUACCUCAAGUGGCAGAGGAUGCUGUGGUGGCUGCCAUUCAAAGCAAGAAGUACAAUGGUUAUGGACCCUCAGUAGGUUUGGAAUGUGCAAGAAAAGCCGUUGCUGCUUAUGAAUCUAACCCUUCCUUUCCCGUUGAUGCAAAGGAUGUGAUUCUUACUAGUGGUUGCUCCAGUGCCAUUGAUCUCUGCAUCACAGUUCUGGCCAAUAAAGGUCAGAAUAUUCUUGUCCCACGACCUGGAUUUUCCCUAUAUAAAACCGUUGCAAACUCUGUUGAUAUUGAAAUCAAAUUCUACAAUCUAUUGCCAGAGAAAUCUUGGGAAGCUGACCUCAGCCACUUGGAAUCAACCAUUGACGAGAAUACUGUUGGCAUUGUUAUCAUCAACCCAUCCAACCCUUGUGGAUCAGUUUACAGCAAGUCACACAUCAAAGAUAUCCUGUCCAUUGCAUCCAAGUACCGUCUGCCCAUCAUAGCCGAUGAGGUGUACCGUGACAUUGUCUUCCAUGACCAAACGUUUCACUCCAUGGCCUCUCUCUCAACAGAUGUACCAGUCCUAACAUGUAGUGGCAUCGCAAAGAGGUUCUUGGUCCCAGGAUGGCGUAUGGGAUGGAUUGUCAUCAACGACCGUGGAGGUGUCUUUGAAAAAGAAAUACGAGGUGGUCUCCUGAAUCUCAGCCAGAAAAUCCUCGGACCAUGUACCUUGGUGCAGGGUGCCUUACCAACUAUCCUGAAAAACACAGAAAAGAGUUUCUUUGACUCAGUCAUUACCAUUGUCGAAGAAAAUGCCAAAUUCUGUCAUGAAAGUUUGCUGAGAAUUCCAGGACUGAAACCAGUAAUGCCACAGGGAGCAUUGUAUAUGAUGGUUGGCAUUCAAAUGGAACAUUUUCCUGAUUUCCCAAAUGACCAAACUUUUGUUGAACAACUGGUUGAGGAACAAAGUGUCUUCUGUUUACCAGCAUCCUGUUUCCAGAUGCCCAACUACUUCCGGCUCGUCCUUACUCUGCCACACGAUAAGGUCCAGGAGGCACUCGGCCGCAUUUCUGAAUAUUGUGCCAAGUAUUAUUCACCUUUGACCUACAAUUCUGCCUCCAGUGAUGCAGAGAAGUAACGUUCCUCUUCAUGCCCCAUGAUGUCUAUGAGUAUAUAUAACUGCAGCAUACACCAUACACACACCAUGUAUGUACAUACACACACACACACACACAUACACACACACACACACACAUAUAUAUAUAUAUCAUUUGUAGAAAACAAAUCAA